UGCAGUUAAAAAGUUUUAUUGAAGUUCAUCGUCGUCGAAGUUUAGUUUAAUAUUCCUCGGCACCUUCUCCUUCUUGGUCUCCGGAGUCCAUUCCAACUUCCUCGUAAUCCUUCUCGAGAGCGGCCAAAUCCUCACGCGCCUCCGAAAACUCACCCUCCUCCAUACCCUCACCCACAUACCAAUGCACAAAGGCGCGCUUGGCGUACAUCAGGUCGAACUUGUGGUCCAAACGGGCCCAAGCCUCCGCGAUGGCGGUGGUGUUGGACAACAUGCACACGGCACGUUGCACUUUAGCCAAAUCGCCUCCAGGCACCACGGUGGGUGGCUGAUAGUUGAUGCCGACUUUGAACCCUGUGGGACACCAGUCCACGAACUGAAUGGUGCGCUUGGUUUUUAUGGUGGCGAUUGCGGCGUUGACAUCCUUUGGCACGACGUCGCCUCUGUACAGCAUACAGCAAGCCAUGUAUUUGCCGUGACGGGGGUCGCAUUUCACCAUUUGAUUGGCGGGUUCAAAACAGGCGUUGGUUAUUUCGGCAACGGAUAGUUGUUCGUGGUAAGCUUUCUCGGCGGAGAUUACUGGGGCGUAGGUUACGAGAGGGAAAUGGAUGCGGGGGUACGGUACCAAGUUGGUUUGGAAUUCGGUUAAGUCGACGUUUAAAGCACCAUCAAAUCUUAGAGAUGCGGUUAUGGAGGAAACAAUCUGCCCGAUAAGCCUGUUUAAGUUGGUGUAGGUUGGGCGUUCGAUGUCCAAGUUACGUCGGCAGAUGUCGUAUAUGGCCUCAUUAUCGACCAUAAAGGCGCAGUCGGAGUGUUCUAAGGUGGUGUGAGUGGUCAAGAUGGAGUUGUAAGGUUCCACCACAGCGGUGGAAACCUGUGGGGCGGGGUAGAUAGCAAACUCCAACUUCGACUUCUUACCGUAAUCCACGGACAACCUCUCCAUCAACAAGGAUGUAAAUCCAGACCCGGUACCACCACCGAAUGAGUGGAAGAUUAGGAAACCUUGCAGCCCAGUACACUGAUCGGCCAACUUACGAAUCCUAUCCAACACUAAAUCCACAAUUUCCUUUCCGAUGGUAUAAUGACCGCGCGCGUAGUUAUUAGCCGCAUCUUCCUUCCCAGUAAUCAACUGUUCGGGAUGGAACAGCUGUCUGUAGGUUCCGGUACGUACUUCAUCUACAACAGUCGGUUCCAGGUCCACAAAAACGGCUCUCGGUACGUGCUUGCCAGCUCCUGUCUCGCUGAAGAAAGUGUUGAAGCUGUCGUCACCGCCUCCGACCGUUUUGUCGGAUGGCAUUUGACCGUCGGGUUGGAUGCCGUGUUCCAGACAGUACAACUCCCAACAGGCGUUGCCGAUUUGUACACCGGCUUGGCCGACAUGAACCGAGAUACAUUCGCGCUGGAAAACAAGAAUAUUUUUGUCCAUGCGCGCUAGUUAAUGGAAAAUCAAUUCGUGCGCGAUGGCAGGUAAACACAACAAUGAAAUCGAUAUUAAAAAAUGGCGCUGGAUUUCGCCGCUACAUACAAGAUCCUCGUCCUGGGCGACUCUAACGUGGGCAAAACGUGCAUAGUCCAUCGUUUUUGCGACGAGCGUUACUACGACACCUACAUAUCCACCAUCGGCAUAGACUUCAAGCAGAAGAUCGUCAACUUGGACGGUGUCCCGAUAAAACUCCAAAUAUGGGACACAGCUGGCCAAGAAAGAUUCAGGACCCUCACGACGGCAUAUUACAGGGGGGCGAUGGGCAUAAUACUUUUGUACGAUGUCACCAAUUUAGAGUCGUUUAAUCAUCUUACUUAUUGGUUGCAAAAUAUCGAGGAGAACGCAUCCCCACAUGUUAUAACACUAUUGGCAGGAAAUAAAAGCGAUUCUAAUGACCGUGUUGUCGAUACUGAUAGCGGCAAAAAGAUUGCAGAACAUUUCGAUUUGCCAUUUUUCGAAGUUUCCUGCAAAGACAACGUAAACAUAGAAUCUUCUUUUAUGGAAUUGGCCCGAAAAAUUAGAGAAAAACGCGAACAAAAAGGAUACUCAUUGUUAGAUACCAACGAAAAGAUCAAUGUUUUAAACCAAAAAAAUGAGCUUUCCGAACGCGCCUGUUCGGCAUGUUAAAUUUUAAGACUGUUUUAUAUUUGUUACUUAUAAGUUGAAACAAUAUAUAAUUUUAAUAUUGGCUCAAAAUUGCUAUCAACUCAACUGUAGUCCUUGUAUAUUUAGUUUAAUGCAUGGAGCAUUAAGAACUGUCAAAACCAAAAAACUCCAAAAAUAUAUACAGGGACUCAACUGUGACAUAUUCUUGAAAUUUUUGUGAUAACGCGCUACAACAAAGAUAAUACCUCCCUGGAGGGUAUUAUCUUUGAAUACAAAGACUAAAAUUUUGUUGCAUAUUAAAUACAAAACAUUUUGACUGAAUUAUAAAAUGCAGGGAUAAAAAGUUGAAGAUUUAUAACUGUCUAUGAGCUUGUAUAACAAUUAAAAAAAGAUUCAAUAAACUUGAAUGCUUGAUUCAUAUUUCAAAAUGUUUUUAGAUUUUUUUUAAGUCCAUAUUUGCUUCUUUUUAAGACUGAUAAUGUUUAAAGCAAAGCUAAUGUUAAUAGUUAGACUAGAAUAUAAAAUGUGCACACGUCAUUAAUUUUUUAGCACUUAGUCUUAGCAUAAUAACAAAAAAUUAAUCCAAGGUGCUUUAGAAUUUGUGAGUAUCACUGCAGCAUAUUUUAACAAAAAAAUGUUGUACCCUUUGCUGUUUCUAAAUUUUAAAGUUAUGCAUUUAUUCCAAAACUGUAAUAUUUGGAAAUAUAAAAUUAUUAAGAUGUAUCACAUCAGAUUAUGUAACAAGUUUAAACUUGAUAAAUGGCAUUUUAGUCACGAGUUUUAAUUAGUCACGAGCGAUUGUGUCCGGAGUCGUUUAUAAAACGAGUUGCAUACUAUACUUUAUCUGUGACUAACAAAAAACAGAAUUUUAUUUGUUAAAAAUUUGACAUAUGUCAACUGUCACCCGGAUAAAACCUCACUUUUUUCCAAUUUAUAAUAAAGCUAACUUCAGCCCGUGACUAAAAAGCCCACUGUUGCCAAAUUUAUUAAGUUACUAAAAAGUCAUGUCACAGCUCGUCAAUGUAGGAGUAGAUAAAGUAUAUUUUAUAAUACAUAUCUUUAAUAUUACACUACAGAAUUUAUUGUUAAGGAUAAUUGUCCAACUUCAAAAAAAAAUAAUGAGAAAUGUUGAAAAAAUUAAAAUGCUCCUACUAAAUAUGCAUAUUUCCAAACAAUACAGGUUGUAAAUUAUAUACUAUAAUUUAAUAUUGGCAAUCAAGUUUUGAAAUAAUAAUAAAAACUGUAAUUUUUGAUCUGAAAAAUUUAAUUACUAGAAUAAUAUAAUUUAACACAUUUAUUUAUAAUUUUUUGGAGCAAAAAUUACAAUUUUUAUAUAAAUUAUUAUGCCAUCAUAUACCGCACAGAUAAUAUGUUAAAUUUGAUUCUGAAAAUAUUUUAUAAUAAUUAUAUGGUUAAAUAGGAAAAUAUUAUUUUAAAUUUCGGGAUUAUAAAUGCAGCAUUUUUGUCUAUUUGCUGGGACCAUGUUAAAUUGCAAAAUUAGCAUACAAAAUUGUGAUACAAUACUUGUAAUUACAUGUUAUAUAAAUUAGCAAAAUUUAAAUAAACAAAUUCACUUUAAUUUGUAUUAUUUAUUAA